AUGACGGGAAGGUCGUCCUCAAAUCCAGGAAGCAGAUAUGCAAGAAAUAUCUCAACAGAGGAACUGAUUGCAGGGUUCUCGUCGCGGAAAAGAGAAAGAAAAAUCAGCAAAUGUUUCGUGUACAGUCUGGUAAUCUUUGUGAUGAUGAUGUUCAUUUGCCUUAUUCUUGCACUUUUGAUGUCGCACAUGGAAGAUCCCAAAAUUGAAUUCAAAUCAGCAAGGUUGAUGAACAGUACUAAUAAUUAUCAUAACGUUUCUUCAACUUCUCCCUUCAAUGUCACCAUAGUCGCUCGUGUCAUCCUCACCAGCCCUAAAUUUGUCUCCUUCGAUUACCAGAAGAGCACCGUGAGUGUGAGGUAUGAGAAUUCCGGUGAAUGUGUUGGUGUUUCCAAAAUCAAAGCUGCCACAGUGGAGGCCAUGGAAACCAGAGAUAUGGACUUGAAGGUUCACAUGAGUUUCGGGACGAAGGAAUUGGUAAAGCCAGAUCUAACUGAUUCUACCAACUCACACAUGCUCAAACUCAGAAGCUACGCAAAAUUGAGUGGUACACUGCACACGUUCAAGCUGCUAAAGAAGAGAAAGACCAUUCAAGUGUCUUGCACCAUCAACCUCGACUUCACCUCUUUUUCCAACCAAAACUUCCGAUGCUAA